UAACACAGAAUAGAAAACACUGGGGAUGAGAAAUGCACUGCUUUAUCACGUAACCUCGGAACGACGCCGUCCGCUCUGUAGGCUUUAGCCAAAAGCCGAUCUUUUAAAGUGAUGGAGAGAGGCUGAACCAGAAGUGCACGACAGAUGGAAUUCCGUCGUUUUGAGUUCGUCAUCAUCUCCUUCAAGGUCGUAGAUUUCUGAAAUUCCCUCCUCCAGAUUCCUCAAUAUAUUCAACCCACUAUCCCAGACACAGGGGCUCGGAAUGGGGUCAAUUAUAGAUCCCGGACCAAUUGAUAAGUCUGUGCUUUAUGAUCAAGAGAACCAUAUCUCUUCGACAAUUUGGGAGGGGCAGGAGCGUAGUGUGCUUAGAUGUCAUGAACACACGUCAAUGCUUGAACAAUGGAAGCUCACACCUAAACAAAUCGAGUUAGUUGAGAAGGCUGGUUUUGGAUACUUCAGAAUGAUUCCAACAAUUAGCCUUGACAAUGCACUUAUCUCGGCGCUUGUUGAGAGGUGGAGGAAGGAGACAAAUACAUUUCAUUUGCCUGUUGGAGAAAUGACCAUAACACUUGAAGAUGUUGCACUCAUACUUGGGCUACCAAUUGAUGGAAAACCUGUUAUGGGGGCAACAAGGCCACCUGGAAAAGUGUGUGAAAAUUUACUCGGCAAAGUACCAGAGGACCUAACUGGUGGAAUGUUGAAGCUAACUUGGUUGAAAGAGAGCUUUUCUAAAUGUCCUGAAGAUGCACCAGUCGAAGAUAUUGAGCAUCAUACUCGUGCAUAUCUACUAUAUCUUGUUGGUUGCACUAUAUUUUCUACAACAACUGGGAAUAAAGUCUCUGCCAUGUAUCUCCCAUUGUUUAAGAAUUUUGAUGAAGCUGGAAAAUUUGCAUGGGGUGCUGCAGCUUUGGCAUUUCUCUAUAGAGCUCUUGGAAAUGCCUCCCUUAAAUCACAAAGUACCAUAAGCGGUUCUUUGACACUCUUGCAGUGUUGGAGUUAUUAUCACCUCAAUGUUGGCAAUCCUAAGUUCAAUCAGGAGCCAAAUGAUGGUUUCUUUCCAUUUGCGCUUCGGUGGAAAGGUAGAGCUACUGGACCAAGAUCAAACAGUAAUAUUGCUACCUACCGCAAGGCCUUGGAUUCCCUUCAACUUUCAGAUGUUAAGUGGCUCCCAUACAGAGAUUUGGAUUAUUCACCAGAAAUGGAAGAUUUUAAAGAGAGUUUGAUAUUGCGGGCAUCAGAAACUGUGCUUAUAUGCUUUGACAAGGCUGAGAGACACCUUCCAGAUCGUUGCCUUAGGCAGUUUGGUAUGCUUCAACCGAUACCCAAGGAUGUACAGCGAUGGGAGAGGAAGAUUCGGUUUUCUGAUCAGGGGUUAGACGUGACAAAGGAAACGAUUUUGCAGCUUAAAGGGAAGAAUCAAGCAGAGCUGAAGGAAUGGAUGGAUCGGCGACUUCAUAUCAUCAAAGAUGAGGAAAGUGUGGAUGAAAGCAUGUACAUGGAGUGGUACGAGAGAAUUACUCGGAAGUUUGUGGGGAGGCCUGAAUCUUUAGAAUCUGAGUUUCAGAGAAUAGUUACUGCUAUGAGAGAAAUUGCAGAUAUAGCUGAUUCAUUGUUGAAAGAUGAGAUGGGUUUCCAAGAUAGGCAAUCCCUCGAUGAGAUCAAGAACACAGCACUUAGUAGUCUGAUGGAUGUGGUUGAAGACUCAAAGAGGAGUAGACGUAAGAUAGCCACAAAACGUAAAAGGGAAGAUGAUCCAAGUCCAACUAUUAGCAAGGAGGCAGCACUUGAUGUUUGGAUGCACUGAGAGUUUUUUCAUGAACUGCACCAUUUCUAUUAAGUGUGUCUUCUGGAAUCAAGAUGUCAAGAAGUGUCUCUGUUGUACCAUACUGAUGUGUUAUUAGCAUUUGUUGGUAGGUGAAAAGUUUAGAGGGGUUUGAUUCACUGUCACGGUUUUUCAUGUUUAUAUUAUGUGGUUUUUUGCACCUCAAAAUUAACUUACCUGGCCUGUAGGUUAUCAUGUCCCAGGUCAAUCAUUAUUUGGACCCUUUUAACAUUUUUAGUA